AUGCGUCAAGACUCCACUUCAAAAACUCGAGACAGCGAUAUCCCUACAGCGACCAGCCAGGUCACCGCUACAUCUGAGCUCCUUCGUCUCGUCUGCGGGUUCUGUGGCCCUAUACAAAACCGCCACAACGCACUUGUUUCGAAGAGGUGGUCGAACGAGGCUUUAAGUGUUCUUUGGUAUGAGCUCGACUCACUUGCGCCUCUUCUGGCUCUUCUAGCACCAUUGAAACUCGUAUAUAGUAAAAAUCUCUACAAAUUUGACCGACAUAUUCGACCUUCACCUGGGGAUUGGGUUAUAUUCCACAAAUACUCGUGGCGUGUGCACACUAUUGUCGCUGAUGAAAGGUCCGCCGACUUCCCCGCCUCCGUUUUCAUCGAGAUUGCAAUGAGCCGUCCACCCGGCGACCUCCUCCCGAAUCUGUCUCGUUUGACCUACGUUGACGACUUAUCAUCCUUCCAAUUCAUUCCACUUUUUAUUUCGGAAACCUUGUCGUACCUGCCCGAGAAGGCUGCAAACUUGGAACACGUUGUUCUCCAUGCAUCCUUUGCGGUCGAUACGAAAACUGUAGAUUCCUUACAGUUGGAUCUUCUUUUCUCCUCCCUCUCAAAUUUGAAAACAGUUCAGAUUGCACCCUGCUUCUUUGUUCCUUCCUCUAUCCACGGGCUUGGCCAUCUGCAGGGCUUACAGUGUUUGACAAUACCUUUCGAUGGCAACAAUCCCCCAAAGCCCCUCAGAAUAAUAACGCCGUCAAACACUUUCUCCGAGUUCUCGUCUUUAACGAAAUUCGUGACCGAAUGGAACUCUUUCCAGGACGUCAUAUCAUAUCUUGACGCAAACAACACCCCUGUCCUUCGCUCACUCUCGGUCUCCUCUCAUGAGGCGGAAGACUCGGACAUGUUUGUGCGCCUCUUAGGGGUGGCUCUUUCGAAUUGCCCGUACCUGGAGGACAUUGCUCUGAGUGCCCUGAGGUGCAAUACGAUUAUCUCAGAACCGAUCGUACAAGAAGGCUUCUUCCAUGUGCUACAUGGCGGUGCCAAUCUUACAUCCCUAGUGCUGUGCGACUCCCCACCUUUAUCACUCAAUAUUGAGACCGUCAGCGACCUUCUGAAGGCCCUGCCGUCGUUGCAGAAACUUCGUCUCCUCGAGUAUCCUACUGUCCCACCAACUUUUCCUCUUUCUGGCCUAUCCGAGCUGGCCCCUCUGUGUUCACAGAUGGAGGAACUUGCGUUGUAUAUGGAGACAUCAUGGGUCCCGGAGGCGACCAUCUUCUCUGAAUUCCUCGGCACUCGAGGUCACAUCCUUCUUGAGUAG